UUCAAAUUUCAAAAGCAUGUGUUGAAUAAGUCAAGUUAACUUUUCAUUUAAAUAUUUGUUUACUGUGUAAUAUAACUAAAAAUGAGUUUAUCAAAAGGAAAUCUACAAAGAAAUAGACCUCAGAAACAUCAAAACCGGACAACUUUCAAAAAUGAUUUACAUGAUACUAGCAAAAAAACAAAAACCCUCAACGCUUUGCAGAUUUCAGGAGUCUGCCCACGUUGCAAAGAAAUAAUUGAAUGGAAAAUAAAGUAUAAAAAAUAUAAACCACUUGCUGUGCCGAGAAAAUGCGUUGGGUGUGAUGAAAAAAAUGUCAAACAAGCAUAUCAUAUAUUUUGUAAAAAGUGUGCUGCUGAAAAAAAUGUGUGUGCUAAAUGUUGUAAACCAAUAGAAAACACACCUACAGAUCCAAUAGGCCAUGAAAUGAGUGAAAAUGAAAUACAAGCUAUGAUAAAAAAUCUUCCUGAAAGAAAGAAGCGAACAUUGCUUCGACAUUUAAAAAAGCAAGAAGGAGGACAUACACCAGAGCAAAUUGAAAAAUUAAUGUCUGAAAUGGCAAUAUUAGAUGAUGACUCAUUUGAAGGUUUGACAAGUGAAGAAGAUCAUUGUGAUUCUGAUAAUGAGGACUGACCACACUUCUUAUACUUAUUUCAAUAGAAAUAAAUGUCUAAAAUGUU